GUAGCUGAGGAGGGAGCUGAACGGCGCUGCUGAGGCGCCUCGGUCCCCAUGGCGCUGUGGCGCGGCUCCGCGUACGCGGGCUUUCUGGCGCUGGCCGUUGGCUGCGUCUUCUUGCUGGAGCCGCAGUUGCCGGGUUCGGCGCUUCGUUCUCUGUGGAGUUCGCUACAGCUGGGGCCCGUGCCCCCGGGACCUGGCUCCCCCGAGAGCCGGUUGGCGGCCGCCUGGGAUGCGCUUAUCGUGCGGCCAGCCCGGCGCUGGCGCCGCGUGGCUGUGGGAGUCAAUGCCUGUGUGGAUGUCGUGCUCUCGGGGGUGAAGCUCUUGCAGGCCCUUGGCCUGAGUCCUGGGAAUGGGAAAGACCACACUGUUCUGCAUUCAAAGACCCAUCUAGAAGAGACCUUCAUUCACUUCAUGGGGAAGGGAGCAGCUGCGGAGCGCUUCUUCAGCGAUAAGGAAGCCUUCCACGACAUUGCCCAGGUGGCCUCAGAGUUCCCAGGAGCCCAGCACUAUGUAGGAGGAAAUGCAGCUUUAAUUGGACAGAAAUUUGCAACCAACCCAGAUUUAAAGGUUCUUCUUUGUGGUCCAGUUGGUCCAAAGCUGCACGAACUUCUUGAUGACAACGUAUUUGUUCCACCAGAGUCAUUGCAGGAAGUGGAUGAAUUCCACCUCAUUUUAGAGUACCAAGCAGGGGAGGAGUGGGGCCAGUUAAAAGCUCCCCAUGCCAACCGAUUCAUCUUCUCCCACGACCUCUCCAACGGGGCCAUGAAUAUGCUGGAGGUGUUUGUGUCUAGCCUGGAGGAGUUUCAGCCAGACCUGGUGGUCCUCUCUGGAUUGCACAUGAUGGAGGGACAAAGCAAGGAGCUCCAGAGGAAGAGACUCGUUGAGGUCGUGGCCUCCAUCUCUGACAUCCCGACCGGCAUUCCCAUCCAUCUGGAGCUGGCCAGUAUGACCAACAGGGAGCUCAUGAGCAACAUUGUGCAUCAGCAGGUCUUUCCUGCUGUGACUUCCCUUGGACUGAAUGAACAGGAGCUGUUAUUUCUGAGCCAGUCAGCAUCUGGACCUCACUCCUCUCUCUCCUCCUGGAAUGGUGUUCCUGAUGUGGGCAUGGCCAGAUUUCUUCACCCGAAGAGCAUGUCGGCUGGAGACAGCACUUCUUCCUCGCCCACGUCAGAAGUGCACACUCACAGCACUCAGCUCAGUGUGAGGUUCUCGUGUUCUCUCAGCUCCGUGCUCACAGCCAGGAUCACAAAUCCCAUUCAGUGUUAUAAUGGAAAUAUUUAAUGAGUGCACCAUCUCUUCUCUGAGGACAGCGCCAAACUUAGGACAGUGCCACAAGCAAGGAAAAAGUCCCUCCUGUGCUGUACAGUCACAGUAGUGACUGGUGUUUUUGCAGGGAUUGCCCAAGGUAUGGUGGUCAGCGGCCUGGCCCCCUGCAGGAUGGCAUUAUGCACUGAAGGACUGUGCCUUCCACCCUGGCUCCUGGAGUUGAAGCUGACUGGUUAAAGACACCAGGCCGGGGCCCCCAACCUCAUCACCCUGCUCCGGAUUUGCUUUCUGCUGUAGAAGACUGAUCUACAUUCAUUCUGAUCCUUGAAGGAGUUUGCUUUUACAACUGGAAUAUGCUUGUGUGUGUGUAACAGAUCAUGUGUGUUUACAUUGACACAUCACAUCCAUUAAAGAAUUUGACCUCAUGAGAGCCCCACGAUCAUGAAUAAUUGUGUCAUGUUAUGUAUUUAUUUUUUUAUAAAUCAAGAGACCUCUGUGUGCUUUUAAAAUGUAUUAAAAAAAUUUUACAUUUCAGGAUUCCUGUCUAUUUGUAGUUGAUUUUGUUUCCACCACCUCUGUGGAGCCAGAUAAAAUAUAAAUCAUUCUGAGGUUGACCUAUGAAUUUUGUUACUCUGCCCUUGAGGUGUUUGUCUUCUCCAGUAUUAGGUUAGGUGGUGCUACACUCUGAUCGUGAACUUUAGGACUGGCCUCUGCAUUUUGAAAUGAGAAGAUAGUAGUACCACCUGGCCAAACCACUAUGAAACAGCAUUUUGAAAGGGUGUGGUGAGCCGCCUUAGCUUGCUGGAAGAGCAGUAUAGACACAGCAGCUAGUGGCAGGCCUGCUUAGGUUUGGGUAUUUGUAUCACAACAGCAGCUUCUGGAAUCUCAACGCUACCUCACAUUCAUUUAUGACCUUUCCUCCCUGCUUUGGAUAAAAAGAAAAGGAUUGAUUACUCCUUCAAAGGAACUUUAGCCUAGAAAAUUAUGCAACUUGAAAUCCAAAGCAAGUAAGCUUAUUAAGAAAAUGUCUGCUUACAACCUCAUCAGUCUCUGCCUCCAAUUUCAAUUAAAAAUAAUUAAACACCAACCUUAUUUUUAUUAGAAAGGCUUCAGUGAGAUUUCUAUUUUCCAAAGAAGAAUUGGGAUAACUCAUUGUUGGUGUAAAACUUAAGACUUUAUGGAGAGUACAGAUGUGUUGUCCAUGCGACCUUGUUCUUUGUAAGUCAUUUACUCAGCCCCUGCCUGCAUAUAUUCUCAGAGGUUCUCCAUUUUGCACUGGUGAUGUCAAAGACAAGUUCAGGAAGUAUAGGCAGCACUUAGAGCAGUUUUUCAAAAGAUGCUUCUUGAACUAUCCACUCACUAAAUCAGUUUGGUGGUUAUCACAAAAAGUAUCAAAAGUGCAUCAUGAAGUAGAGGGAUAUUACAAGUAUCUUUCUGUAAAAUUGUGUGUGCCUGCAUGAGUGUGGAGAGGAAUGUGUGCGCAUCCCACAGUGAAUCUCCCACUUGAGAGACUAAGCUCUGGAAGUUAAGUGACUGGGCUCCCUCCCGUAGGACAGUGUAUGGAGAAGUUGGAAGUAUGGGAUAAAUGGAACAGGUAAGUCUUUGGGGCCCUCAACCCUCUGUUUUGAACUGUAUUUUUUAAAGGUUUCCAUAUAUGAUUUUAUAUGAAGAAAAAAAGUUUUGAAAGGAUGCCUGGUUUAAAAAAACAAGCUCUCCAAAUAGUGUUCUAAUACUCAUUCUUGUAUACACUUGAAAGUGAUUUAACUCCUAGGUAAAAACUCAAACAUACAAGCCACUAUCAGGCGAUAAGAAUUCAGCCAAAUAGCAAUUGUCUUUAUUGUGUAGAUUGCACAUUAUUCUUUCUGGCAAGUUUGAGUGGGCUGGAGAUAAUCAUCAACAGAAAAAAUCCAAAUUGUAUGCAGGGUUUUGAUACUGGACAAGUUACCCUUGCUGAGCCUCAAUUUUCUCAUCUGUAAAAUGGGCAAAUAAUGGGUCCUACUUUCAUUGGGUUUUUAUUAGAGAAUGCCACACAAAGUAUUUAGCACAGUAUGUGAUAUAUAUUUAAAAGUUUGAUAAUUGUCAGUUACUGAACUAAACUGAACAGGCAAUUUUCUGGGUCUCCUUAGAACUGUUUGAAGUCAUUGAAAAGCUACCAUGAUGAUUUAACA